AUGCGUUGGUAUUCUUUAAUUUUAUUUAUUGUUACUUAUUUAUAUAUAGUUCAAGUUGAUUCCAAAAUUUAUAAAAUAAAUGUAAUUUCUAAGGAUGGUAUUAAGAAUUAUGAAUUUAAUGGAAAAACUUUUGGAACUAUGAAUAGAGUUAAAAUAUACAUUGAACAAUUAAAAAACAAAGAAGGUCAUGGUAAAAAACUUUCUGGAAAAAAAUCAAAACCUUAUGUACAUAUAAUAAAAAAAUUCAGAAAAAUUAAGCUUGUAGAUGUUGAAAAAGAAACAAAAAUAACAGACAACAAGGAUAAUACAGAAAAACCAAAAAUAAUAGACAACAAGGAUAUUACAGAAAAACCAAAGGUAAUAGACAACAAGGAUAUUACAGAAAAACCAAAGGUAAUAGACAACAAAGAUAAAACAGAAAAACCAAAAGUAGUAGACAACAAAGAUAAAACAGAAAAACCAAAAGUAGUAGACAACAAAGAUAAAACAGAAAAACCAAAAGUAAUAGACAACAAGGAUAAUACAGAAAAACCAAAAGUAAUUGACAACAAGGAUAAAACAGAAAAACCAAAAGUAAUUGACAACAAGGAUAAAACAGAAAAACCAAAAGUAAUAGACAACAAGGAUAAUACAGAAAAACCAAAAGUAAUUGACAACAAGGAUAAAACAGAAAAACCAAAAGUAAUUGACAACAAGGAUAAAACAGAAAAACCAAAAGUAAUAGACAACAAGGACAAAACAGAAAAACCAAAAGUAAUAGACAACAAGGAUGAUAAAGAAAAAAAACCAACUAUACAAGAUGUGUUUUUAAAUCAAACAAAUAAAUAUCGUGAAAGUCAUCAAGUUAAGCCGCUUACUAUCAAUCCUGAAAUAACUGCUGCAGCACAAGCAUAUGCUGAAAAACUUGCAGCAUCAGGUUCAUUUGAACAUGACACCAAUACCAAAUAUGGAGAAAAUCUUUACUUUCACUCACAUACUCCUGAUGAUGCCGUUAAUUCAUGGUACAGUGAAGUUCGCCAUUACAGCUUCCAUUUUCCAAUCUUUUCAUUCAGCACAGGACACUUUACAGCUUUAGUAUGGAAAUCAACAAAAGAAAUGGGAUGUGGUACAGCUAAGGGUAAAAAAGGUUACUAUGUUGUUUGUAAAUAUUCUCCACCAGGAAAUGUUCAUGGAAAGUAUUCAGAAAAUGUUCUAGCAAAGAAAUCAUAA